CCAGUAUCCUACGUGGAGUGCUUCAUUUUAAACUUUGAGUCAGUGUGCCGUGGCUAUCUCUUUGAUUUCCACUCUCGGGUCGUUUCUUUCUCAACGCAAUGAAAGUUACCUUCAAAACACUAAUGCAGCAGACAUUUGUUCUUGACUUUCAAGAAGAUGAUCUGGUUGGCGACGUUAAAAAGAAGAUCGAAGCUAAAUGGGGCAGUGAAUUCGAUGCAAAGACUCAGAAACUAAUACACUCAGGCAAGGUGAUGGAAGAUAGUAAAUCGCUAAAAGAUUACAAAGUGACAGAAUCUGGUUUCGUUGUAGUAAUGUCUGUUUCAAAGCCAUCCAAAGAUACAACGAAAGAAGCUAGUGCUUCAGUUCAAAUUAAUCCUACUGGUGAAACAAAGCCAACAACAGACAAAAAGAGCCCCGUAACAGAAGCAAAUGAAGCGCCUAGCAGUAAACCAGACUCAAAUCCCCAAUCUAACUUACCUACAGUUACAACAGCCCCAUCUAGCGCAACAAGUACUUUGGGUUUUGGAGAGAGUUCCUUAGUUACUGGAGAGAACUUUGAGCGGGUUGUAAAAGAACUAGUGUCCAUGGGUUUCGAGAGAUCACUGGUUAUCCAAGCAAUGCGAGCAGGCUUCAACAACCCAGAUAGAGCAUUUGAAUACCUUUCAUCGGGAAACAUACGGAAUGUUGAAUUUUUUUAA